AUGUCGCUGCCUGCCCUGCGGCGGCUGGAAGGCUUGGAGCUCGCCAGGUGUGGGCUGGCAGCCGUGCCGCGGCUGCUGUCGGCGCUGACAGCGCCGCCGCGCCUCAGCCUGGCAGGCAACCGCGGUCUGGUGGGCGGCUGCUGGCAGCACCUGCGCCCGCUCACCCGCCUGCGGCAGAUGGACGUGUGGCGUGUGCCGCUGCCCAACGCCGCGCCCCCUGCCCCAGAGGUGGCUGCGCUGACGUGGGUGCAUCCGCUGGGAUCAGCUGGCGCGUCGAGUGGCAAGCUAGAAGCCAUGGCUGGCCUGGCUCUCGCCAAGAAGGCCCACGUGCAGACGGCAGGGCGGCAUGCCUGCCUGCAAGCGCUGCACAGCUGCUUGGCCGAGGGAGCAGACGUCAAGCAGGCUGACGGCUCUGGGAACACCGCCCUUCACUGGGCGGCCUGGAAGAACCCAGACCCUGCAGCUGUGCACGCCUUGAUUGCGGCUCUGGUGGCAGAGGGCGCUGAUGUGCGCGCCAAGGACAACGACGGCGCUGAGCCGCUGCACUGGGCAGCAGCCAACAGCAAUGCAGAGGCGGCAACGGCAGCUGUACAGGCUCUGGUGGCGGCAGGAGCAGAUGUGCGGGCCAGAAGCAAUGUGGGUGUGGAGCCGCUGCACGUUGCAGCAAGAAACAGCAAUGCAGGGGCGGCAGCAGCGGCGGUGCAGGCGCUGGUGGCGGCAGGAGCAGAUGUGCGGGCCAGGGCAAUCAAUGGCGCUGAGCCGCUGCACUGGGCAGCAGCCAACAGCAAUACUGAGGCGGCAGCAGCGGCGGUGCAGGCGCUGGUGGCGGCAGGAGCAGACGUGCGGGCCAAGGACAACCAAGGCUUGGAGCCGCUGCACACAGCAGCAGACAACAGCAAUGCUGAGGCGGCAGCAGCGGCUGUGCAGGCGCUGGUGGCGGCAGGAGCAGACGUGCGGGCCAAGGACAACCAAGGCUUGGAGCCGCUGCACACAGCAGCAGACAACAGCAAUGCUGAGGCGGCAGCAGCGGCUGUGCAGGUGCUGGUGGCAGCAGGAGCAGACGUGCGGGCCAAGGCGGACAAUUGCGCUGAGCCGCUGCACUGGGCAGCAGACAACAGCAAUGCAGAGGCAGCAGCGGCGGCGGUGCAGGCGCUGGUGGCGGCAGGAGCAUCUGUGCGGGCCAGACGCAAUGACGGCUUUGAGCCGCUGCACUGGGCAGCAGCCAACAGCAAUGCUGAGGCGGCAGCAGCGGCUGUGCAGGCGCUGGUGGCGGCAGGAGCAGACGUGCGGGCCAAGGACAACCAAGGCUUGGAGCCGCUGCACACAGCAGCAGACAACAGCAAUGCUGAGGCGGCAGCAGCGGCUGUGCAGGCGCUGGUGGCAGCAGGAGCAGACGUGCGGGCCAAGGCGGACAAUUGCGCUGAGCCGCUGCACUGGGCAGCAGACAACAGCAAUGCAGAGGCAGCAGCGGCGGCGGUGCAGGCGCUGGUGGCGGCAGGAGCAUCUGUGCGGGCCAGACGCAAUGACGGCUUUGAGCCGCUGCACUGGGCAGCACACAACAGCAAUGCCGAGGCGGCAGCAGCGGCGGUGCGGGCGCUGGUGGCGGCAGGAGCAGACGUGCGGGCCAGACACAACGACGGUACUGAGCCGCUGCAAUGCGCAGCACUUAACGCCAACGCCGAAGCAGCAGCGGCGGCUGUGCAGGCGCUGGUGGCUGCAGGAGCAGAUGUGCGGGCCAAGGACGAGGACGGGUUUGUGCCGCUGCACUGGGCUGUCAUCAGCGCCAACGGUGAAGCAUCAGCGGCGGCUGUGCAGGCGCUGGUGGCGGCUGGAGCAGACGUGCGAGCCAGAAGCAACGAUGGUUGGGAGCCGCUGCACUUUACAGCACAGAACAGCGAUGCAGAUGCAGCGGCAGCGGUGGUGCAGGCGCUGCUGGCGGCAGGAGCAGACAUGAGUGCCAGAAGCAACGACGGUUGGGAGCCGCUGCACUUUGCAGCACAGAACAGCGAUGCAGAUGCAGCGGCCGCGGCAGUGCAGGCGCUGGUGGCUGCAGGAGCAGAUGUGCGGGCCAAGGACAACCAAGGCUUGGAGCCGCUGCACUGGGCAUUGAAGAAUGAGAAUCCGGCGGCUGCCACAGUGGCGGCUCGGGCCCUGCUGCAGGCGGGUGCCUGCCUCAACGCCGUCGACAGCAAUGGCAGCCUGCCCCGGCAGCUGGUGCUGCUGCGCCCGGAUGCAGCGCAAUGCGGCCAGCUGCUGCAGCUGCUGACGCCUGCCGAGCGCUCUGCCUCAGCAGCAGGCGGCACUGGUGGGAGCGGCGCUGCAACCACCAGUCGCCAGGCAGGCGGCGGUGGCGGCGGCGGCAGCAGCAGCGCCACGCCUGAGGCUGCGGCUCUGGCGCUGGACGUCAUCAGCGUGCCCGGAGCGCUGCAGCAGCUGAUCUUCGGCCACCUCACGCUGUGCGACAAGCUGAACCUGGGAGCCACCUGCACCGCCCUGCAGCAGGCAGUCCUGGCAUGGUUCCCGGAGGCUGCUGUGGUGGUGACGCCCACGGCGAGGGGUGCCGAGGAGCUGGUGGCCUGGCUGCACACGCAUCAGGCUCGUGCACACGUCACGCUGGAUCUGCCACGCACCCCAGCUGCCCAUUCCCAUGUUUGCGGCGGCCAGAAGGACCUGACUGCCUGCCUCAGCAGCCUGCCGCGCGCCUUGGUGGCUUCCCUCGAUGUCAGGCUAUCCAUCGGCAGCUUGGCCAGCCUGUGGAGGCUCACAGCGCUGCAGCGCCUGCAGCUGAGCUGCGCCAGCUGCGCCGGCAGCUGGAGCGGCCUGGCUGCCCUGACCCGGCUGCACCAUCUCUCUGUGUUCAUCGAUAGACCCACAUCAACCACUGAUCCAUACAGAGACCUGCCAAACGCGCUGGCCGCCCUCAGCAAUCUCCGCUGCUUAAACAUCGAAGCCUGCAACUACUUGCUUCCAAUGGACCCGAUACGCAGCCGCCAUUUGCAAACGCUGACAAAACUGGAGCAGCUGAGGCUGGUCAACGCCGCGUACAGCGCCGACGUGGCGGCGGCGCUGCCGGCGCUGACGGCACUCACGGGCCUGUGCUGCCAUGUGGGCCUGCUGCUUGACUUCACUCGUGUGCAAUGGGAGCAGCUGGGCAGCCUGACUGCGCUGAGAGAGCUGGAGCUCAGCCACUGCCACCUGCGCCGGCUGCCAGCCGCGCUGGUGCAGCUCACGGCGCUGACCCGCCUGCACUUGUCUUCCGGAUUAUUCAACUAUGGCAACCUUUGGGAGCUGGCGCCGCUGUCUGCCCUGCGGCAGCUGCAACACCUGAACCUCAGCUGGUGUGGGCUGGCGGGGGUGCCGCAGCAGCUGGCAGCGCUGACGCAGCUGACGCAGCUGAGUCUGGAGGGAAAUCGACUUAUGGGCGUCGCUGCCAGAGGGCAGAAUCCGUCGGCGCUGGCGCCGCUGGCUGCCCUGCAGCAGCUACAACACAUAAACCUUUCCUACUGCGGGCUGGCAUCUUUGCCAGAGCAGCUCUCGGCGCUGGCAGCCCUGACGUGCCUCGAUUUGGCAGGGAACAGCAAUCUGGCGGGCGGCUGGCAGCACCUGCGCCCGCUCACCCGCCUGCGCCAGCUGGGCUUGUGGCGUGUGCCGCUGCCCGACGGCGUGCCCCCAGGGGUGGCUGCGCUGCCGCGCUGCCGAGCACUGGCGGUCCCAGAGAGCGGCGGGAAGGGCAGGCUGGACAGGCCCAGUAGAGCCAGCAGCAGCGAGGGGGCGCGCGCGCGAGCCGCCGCCACCGUCAUCCUGCAGGCAGGCGGCAGCAGCGACGGCGGCAGCAGCAGUGAGGAGCAUCCCCUGUUUGCCUUGCCCGCAGCGGCAGGCAGCGCCAGCAGUAGUGAGGAGCUGCGCCACCUUGCCGCUGAUAUGAGCACUCCCGCUGUGGCGGCUGAAGCGGUGGGCCAGCCAGAUGCCUCGAGCAGCAGCAGCGGCGGUGGCGAGGAUUUUCCACUCCCGGCUGCCGCCGACGCCCCCGCUUCGGCAGUUGUGGUGGGGCAGACGCUGGCAAGCUUGGCCAACAGCACUGGCACCAGCAGCGGCGGUGAGGAGCUGUUUUACACAGGCACCUCCAACUCCCCAACCCCCGAAGCAUGUGCUGCCACGCCUGAGGCUUUGGCGGCAGCUGCCGCGGCUCUGGCGCUGGAAAUCAUCAGCGUGCCCGGACCGCUGCAGCAGCUGAUCUUCGGCCACCUCACGCUGCGCGACAAGCUAAACCUGGCUGCCACCUGCACCGCCAUGCGGCAGGCAGUCCUGGCAUGGUUCCCGGAGGCUGCUGUGGUGGUGGCGCCCACAGCGAGGGGUGCCGAUGAGCUGGCGGCCUGGCUGCACACGCGUCAGGGUGAGUGUGGCGGGCAGUGA